AUGCCUGACCCCUCAACCCCAAAUUCAACCCGCGAUCCCGCGACUCCACCCUCCCGCCAUCCACUCCCACCACUCCCGCCCACCGGCCAACAACCCGCCUCCACCACCACUCGCCCUGCCAUCUCCCCGCCUUCCCCGUUCUACCCGGCCCCGCAUUUCGCCCCUCCAUCUUCCUCCACUUCCCCUCCCUUCCCCUCCUUUCCCGGUGCUCAUCCCUUCUACCCUCCUCAGUAUUACCCCCCCGUGUACUCAAUCCCCGCCCAAUGGCCUCCUCCGAGUCCUAGCCAUCAUGCUUUCGCCCCUCCUCCACCUUUCUACCCCUGGGGCCCGACUCCGCCUGCGGCUCAGCAUCCACACCCGCCAUCCCAGCAGCACGCGCACCAGCAGCACGCUCACCAACAGCACGCUCACCAACAGCAUCAAUUGGAAAUGCAACAAACAGAUCGCUCUGCAAGUCCCAGACAUCGCAGACGCCACGAUCCUUCCCGCUCUGCGCGCGGUCGUCACGCAAGUCCCAGGGAGUCCAGGAGAGACGCCAAUGGCAAGAGAUAUCAAGAAUCGCCCUCGUUUGAUGACGACGACGUCAACCAUACCGACUCUGCUGCCACUACACCGCAGUCCUCCCGUCGCUCUCGUAGGCGUCCAAUUACUGCCAACGGCUCGUCUGGGAACCAUCCCAACGGUGUCUCAUUUGGGGCAGGUUCCAAUGCUGGCGCAGCGAACUCAUCCACAAACGGUACCUCUCGCGGCGAUGCCGGAGCUGAUAUUGAACAGGCGAGCGCGGAUCUUGACUGUGCCGCACAGAAGGCCGUUGAUUGUGGCGAUGAGGUUACUCUGGCUUUGUUGCUCACAUCGUGGGCAAGCAGUUUAGAGGAGGCCGCCUCGCAUAGCAGUACGACCAUAUUGGCUUUUGAAAACGUUUUUCACGGCAGUCGCGCGCUAGACAUUGUGGCCGACGGAGUUCUGCAAAAGGAUUUUGGGAGCGAAAGUGGAGUGAGAAAGGCCCUGGCGACUUUGCUUGGGUUCGUUUUGUAUGGCGAUCGCGUUUUGCAUUCUCGCUUUGCGGAACUUGUUGUGCAGUUGAACUGCUCAUUGAAAAAUACCAGUGAAGCAACGGAACGAUGCAUCCAGGGGCGCAAGAUUGCCGUGAGGAAAGUGCUGGCGGUUUUAAGACAGAUUUACGUUGAUAUUCGCGCUUACGAGGAAGUGCUUCCAAGCCCAGCUGACAAGUUUUCCAAGCCUAACUCGCCAUCCAGAGUCCCCGGACAGCCGACUGCCGGCCCGGCAGGACCUGACCCUACAAAAGCUGUAGAACGCUCGGUGGAUGCGUGGAGAAGGUCUGUGGCCAGGCUCCAAGGUGAGAUGGCUAUGAUUGUUGUGCUUGUGAAUGCUCUUGGAACAGUAGAAAGCAAGCUGAGGUAUGAUGGGGACAGCUCGUUGGAAGAACAAGGCCAAUUUUACGGGGCAAUGUGUGAGACAAUUAAGGCACACAUUUCGCAGGACAUCAAAGCGAGAAAGGAUUUACUGAAUUCCCGGUAUUGGGUUGACGUCACAACUGGCGCUGACUCAACUGUAUUCGAGGCCGUUAGAUCGCGAGCAGACCUAUGGCUUACCCAAUUUGAAGCUUCUCGCAGCGAAGUGGAAAGCCAGUUGGAUGACGCUGGUAUUGGGUUUGGGCCUUCUGCUUGUGUUCCAGAAGAUAAGUUUUCCGUCUUAGUAUCUGCCAGCGCUCGUGUGGCAGCGCUUGUAUCUUAUCAUCAACAUGCAUUCUCGUGGGCGAAAGAUGUCCCUGAUUUGCUCAACUCAAUGGUCAUCGCGUUUCAGUGCUUACAAACAGUGAACAAGGGUGACCUAAGCGCUCCCGAGAAGUUGAAGAACAAUUUUUUUCUGGGUGUGCAAGGCGCGUUUGCAUGUAUUUCUAAUGUUGUCAACUGGUCAUUUACGUCGCUCCACGAGAAGGUGCUUGGGAGUCUUGAGAAGAGCAUUGCGGGGGAUUCACAAAAAGAGACCGUGCAGCCACAAAAGUCACUUCGAUUUGAGGAACCACCAAAGAGCCCAACCAAGAACGAAGUUGUUGCAGAUGCUGAGGCAUCACAGCCCCAGAGUCGCCGGAAACCGCGCCACGCGCGGAUGAAAUCGUCUCCAGAUGCCCUCUUACAUCUUAAUGAUCAUUUUGAUGGCUACUCAGAUUCAGAGACGAGCCGUGAAGUUGAGGGCAGUGAAAGUAGAGAGUCGGAAAUUCCCUCUCAAAUUCCCUUACCCCCAGAUAAUGCGAAAGCGGCGCGCAAUGCGAAAGCGGGCGGAAAUGGCACUCAGUCUGAAGAAGCCAGCGACUCGAAUGAGUCAUGGGUUCGAGGACAAGAGGAACUGCCAAUUGUGUACGAGGAGCAGCCUUUGAAUUAUGAUGAAGAAGAAGAAAAAGAGGAUCCCAACGAUCGAGAAAUAAUUGUACACGAUGACGCGUUGGAAGAUUCAGUGAAACCAAAGAAAGUGAGCCACACUUCUCAUGUCCGAAGCAUGAGCGUGGACGGGAUUCCCUUUUAGAAACUGGCAGAGUGGCACGUCCAAAGAAGGAAUGAAAGAGAAGUACACAGCUACUGACGCAACAAAAUGACUGACCUGACCCUUUUUCGAGCUUUUCGAGGUCGCAUUUGGGUUGUUGAAGAGUUUCUCCGUGUGUAUAAUACUUUGGGAACUCCGAGUGACAGAAGGACAAUUGACAGAACUGGAAUUUUGAUCCCGAGUCCAUCAUUGCCUACAUCAAUAAAGUUUUCCUCGUAUUGUAUGAGA